GGACAGACUCUGAGUUGCUGCGAGUCAGCCCCAGACUCCAUUCCUUGUGUGCACCCCACAGGCAGGAUGCCGGAGCUCAUUUCUGUGUGCGACUUCAUUUCUCAGGCCCUGGAAGAUCUGAGUUCUCCAACCACCUCCUCCUUCACCAGCUACAUGAGCAAGUGCAGGGCAACUGUCUGCAGCCUGGAAGAGGCUUUGGACUCCGAUCGAGCUGUCUUGCAGAAGAUGAGAAAAGCAACCAAGGCAGAGCAUGCCUCUGGACAAGAUCUCCUUAGUCACAUGGAUGCACAUAUUGUAGGCCAGGAGAGAUUCUCCAUGAAUUACCAGAAUGAAGGAGAGGAGCAGCUGGCUGGCACUUUCACCUGCUUCGCAGAAUUCUCCCGGGAACUGCUGACCCCAAUCAAGAGUUUGUUGCAGAGCUUGUCUCACAACAUUAACUUUCCCUUGGAUUCGCUGGUAAAGGGAGACUUAAAAGAAGUUAAAGGGGACUUCAGAAAACCUUUUGAGAAAGCAUGGAAAGACUAUGAGACCAAGCUCAUUAAGAUCGAGAAGGAGAAGCGGGAGCUGGCCAAGCAAUAUGGGAUGGUGCGCAACGAGGUGAUGGGAGGGGAGAUCGCUGAGGAGAUGGAGAAGGAGCGCAGGAUGUUCCAGCUAAACAUGUGUGAGUAUCUAAUCAAGGUGAAUGAGAUUAAAACCAAGAAAGGAGUCGACUUGCUGCAAAACUACAUCAAACAUUGUAAUUCACAGUUCAAUUUUUUUCAGGAAUGUUUAAGAACAACAGAGAAACUUAAGCAGUUUAUCAAGAAGCUUACCCCCGAACUACAGAGUAUGAAGGUCAGGCAGGACAAGGAGAAGAAGCAGCUGUGCUCCCUUCGGGAUCAGCUGAAAACAGCAUUGCAGCUGGAACAGAAAGAGGAUUCUGUGAGCAAGCAGCUAGGGUAUAACAUGCAUCAACUACAAGGGAACAAGACAUAUGGUACUGAGAAAUCAGGAAGCCUCUUUAAGAAGAGCGACGGGCUGAGAAAGGUCUGGCAGAAGAGGAAGUGCACUGUCAGGAAUGGCUAUCUGACCAUCUCUCAUAGCACGCUGCACCGUUCACCAGCCAAACUAAAUUUGCUCACUUGCCAAGUGAAGCCAAAUUUGGAUGACAGGAAGUGCUUUGAUCUCAUUUCACAUAAUCGCACGUACCACUUCUUGGCGGAGGAUGAGCAGGAAUGUAUUGCCUGGAUUUCUGUUCUCAGCAACAGCAAGGAAGAGGCUCUGAAUGUGGCCUUCAACAGGGGCCAAGGGAGUGGAGAGAACAGUAUGGAGGAGCUGACAAGGGCCAUUAUUGAGGAGAUAAAGUGCCUGCCAGGGAACAGGGCCUGCUGUGACUGCUCAUCGCCAGAUCCCACUUGGCUCUCCAUUAACCUGGGCAUCCUGAUCUGCAUUGAGUGCUCUGGUAUUCACCGGGAGAUGGGUGUGCACCUUUCCCGCAUCCAGUCACUGUCCCUGGAUAAACUGGCAACCUCUGAGCUCUUGUUGGCUAAGAAUAUUGGCAAUUCUGGUUUUAAUAACAUCGUGGAAGCCAAUCUUCCCAGCUCUUCACUGAAGCCAGCGACACACAGUGAUAUGGCCCUUCGGAAAGAUUACAUUAUUUCCAAAUAUGCUGAGAGGAAAUAUGCUAAGAGGAGCAGUGAGAGCUCAACUGCCCUGCAUCGGGGGUUGCUGAAAGCCAUCAGGUCGAAGGACAUAUUCACGCUUCUCCAGGCCUAUGCUGAAAAGAUGGAUUUAGAUGACCCUGUUCUGGAGCCUACAGGGGAGCCCGGGGAAACUCUUCUCCACCUGGCAGUGUUACAGUCUGACCGAACCUCCUUGCACAUUGUUGAUUUUCUAGUGCAGAACAGUGGGAGCCUGGUGAAGCAGACAGUGAAGGGGAACACACCACUUCAUUACUGCUGCCUCUACAAUAAACCUGAGUGUAUAAAGCUUUUUCUCAGAGCCAAGGCCAACAUUGCCAUCACUAAUAAUGUGGGAGAAACAGCCCUGGAUGUUGCCAAGCGAAUGAGGCAUUCCUUGUGUGAAGAACUGCUGCUUCAGUCUCAAAACAAUCAAUUCAACAUGCGUGUCCAUGUGGAGUAUGAGUGGCGGCUGGGCCAAGAUGAUAUGUAUGAGAGUGAUGAUGAUCUGGAUGAGAAGCUGAGUCCUGUGAAAAAGGAGCAAGUUUUCCGUCCUCAGAGCUACCAGUCACUUACCACUGCCUCAAAGCAGUGGGCAAAGGGGCCAAGUAUAGCACCACAGGGGAAGCAACAUGAUUUAUAUGCCACCCCAACUGCUCAUCCCCGCAACCUUGCUGAACUAGCAGCCCCGAUGUCUCCUCCAUGUGUGCCACCUCUUCCACCACGUGGGAUAAUCCGAGCUCCCAAUGUGCCUCCACCCCCUCCCCCUACCAGAUUGCCAGUCUUUGCUGAUGACACAACAACCAGGAAGAUCCCCCCACUGAAUGUGAACAUCAAGCACAAGCGAACUUCCUCAGAGCCUGUGCCUUGGGUGCCUCUCAGCCCUGUGCCAUCUAGCCAGGCCAGCCUGGCUACAGAUUCUGGACCCUUCCUACCUCCCAAAUUCCAUUUUACAGAAGGAAUCUCUAAAAGGAGACUGAGCACUGGCUCCCACCAGCAUCCCAGCCUCCCCACCCCCAUGACUAUCUCACAACAAGCUGCCCAGAAGAGAGUGGAGAUGCUCUGUCCACCUGACCCCAGCAAAGGGCAGAGACUGAUAUCGCAUCAUCCCUCACAAGAGCCAGGCCCAGGCUCAGCUGUAUCCCAGGAUGUUCCACCACUCCUUCCUAGGAGGGGCAGUCUGAAUAAGUCACCCCUCCGCAGGGUCCGAGCCCUGUAUAACUGUGUGGGUGACCGUGAAGAUGAGCUGACUUUCAGCCUGGGAGAGAUCAUUGUAGUGGCUGAAGAGGAGGACAGCCAAUGGUGGAAUGGAUGGAUUGAAGGGCAGCCUCACAGGAAAGGUGUCUUUCCAGUUUCAUAUGUUCACAUGUUGAGUGAAUAAGAACUGCAUGAUCUAAGAAGAAAACAAAAUGGCAGGUGCUCAAAGCACAAUUCUUCCAGCACUCCCUGUUUCCAGAGGGCUUCCUGCAGAGGACACCUAAGGAGCUUAUGAUGGCUUUCUUACCUCUUCUGUCUUGUGACUUACAUCUUCAGUUCUGCAGCAUGCAGUUCUCUCUCUGGCUGACUCAGAGCAGGGCUUCGUCUGUCUCCUGAAUUGUAAUCAAGUAUCUUAUUUGGUUUCUUUGCAUCCUGUCCUCAGCUUUACAUAUUCAGUGUGAUGUUGCCUUCCUGGACACUGAAAAACUUGCCCUUGCAUGUUAUGAAAUGGGAUUCAGGACUAGUGUAUAAAUGAUUGACAUGACAACUCAGUUGAUAAAUGACAAACAGGCUUUAUUUACUACUCUAUUUACUAUUAAAUGAUCCUAAAGCAAAGCUCAGUAUAUUUUCUUGUAAAAGUGAUAGUAUCUCACCAAUACAGGCAAAGAAGUGGUCUCAGUCUUUUCAGCUUCUUGAGGCAUGGAUCCGUUCACCAGAAGAUCAGCUGGGCACAGUAGCAGUUCUUGUCCGAAUUAUUUUGCACUCUUGAAAUGUGUGCCUUGUUAGGUAUCUCAUUCCUUUUUAUACUCUUUAGCUCAGCAUCUUCAAAGCAUUUUUGAAAUUGAUUUAAAAAACUCAAGCAAUAACUAACAGGAAGAUUCUGUUAAUCACACUGUUCACUGUUGGUUAUCAAAAAGUCCCAAUUUUGACUGAAUUACCUUACUUAGUAACAGGAGAUUAUCAAUCGCUAUUGAGUUGGAACAUAUCAGGAAAAUGAUUAACAACUGGGAAAAACAAAGUUUUUGAAGAGUUGGCUGUGGAAGUUCAAAGGAACCACUGAGGCAAAACAAGAGUUAAUCAGGAGGAGAUAACUGGGGUGCUUCUCUUUAAAUGGUGCAAGCUGGGUAGGUGCCCUGGGGGCUUGCAGGGCUUGACGCUGCAUGGGAAUUCCCAGAGUGCACAGGUGUGGGCCCCUCAAGAGCCCAGAGCACUUGCCUGGGGUGGCUGGAAAGUACAAGCACUGCCUCCCACAGACCUAAUUUCUACCUUUUGUUCCACCACUGAUUGGUCUCUCAUGAGGCAUGAUAAGGGGUAGGAAUGUCUAUUUGCUCACCAUUUGUACCACCAUCAAAAUUUCUAUGGCAGCACAAAUAUGAUGUCAAGCGAUGUCUGUUUCUACCCUCGGUAACCCGGUCACUAAAAAAUACUGAGUUUUCUGCACAAUGCUUACUUCAUAAAAAAUGUUUCAUGUCUGUUUACAACCUCCUCUUCCACCCCAUCCCACUCCAGUUGUCAAACCUCAAAUCAUAAAAACUGCUGUGGAAAAAAGCCAGGGGAGAGGAGGUCACAGCCAUCCCCAUGUGAUUAUGUCAGUAGUGCUCAACUUUUUGGCUCCACGGGCCAAAUGAGAGGUGUGGGGCUGACCUACAGACCAGAUCAGACCCCAAGUGGCAGGGUUUGGCGCUGGGGUCCUGCACCACCUCUGCCAUAUCCUACAUGUGAUGAUUGGGGUCCAGAGCCCUGCACUGGCUCCACCCAGUCCCAUGAGCUGGGAUUGGGCUCUAGGUGCCACUCCCACAUGCUGUGAUUGGACUGUGCACUGGACCUAGUGAACAGGGCCAAGGCCUGUGGGCUAGGGGGAGCCCUGUGGACCAGAUGACAAGGCACUGGAGGUUGGAUCUGGCCAGUGGACUAGGGGUUGAGCACCCCUAGAUUAAGUCAUGAGAGUCACCAUUGGUCUGUUCUGCAGAGGUUUUUCUGCUCUAGUUUUAGGUGUGUUUGAGUGAUGGCAUGUGCUUUAUAUGUUUCCUAUGCCUAUUUCAAAUGCAAGGCUGUAGUCUACAUUAUGAGCAGCUCUGUGUGUAGCAUUCCAUAACCCAGCUCUGUGAAACUCUUAAGAAGGCUUGGGCCAUCAUGUGGGAGGAGUCACGUACUUGGAUUUGAAAUGCUCCAGUACAGUAGGUUAUGACUCCCCAGAUCCACAUUUGGCAAUUUCUUUCAUUUUCCAGGAAAAUAUAAAACUUUCAGAAUUGUUUUUCCUGAGGUCUUGUAUGAAAAAGGGAAGAAUGAAAAGUCUAUGAGUAAUGUUUAAAAUGCUCUUAUUAUUGCUUCGAGUACUUUAGAACACUUUUAAUAACUAAUAGAAUCAUGGAAUCAUAGAAAAUUAGGGUUGGAAGGGACUUCAGGAAGUCAUCUAGUCCAACCCGUUGCUCCAAGCAGGACCAUCCCCAACUAGAUCAUCCCAGCCAAAGCUUUGUUUACCCAGGUCUUAAACACCUCCAAGGAUGGAGAUUUCAUCACCUCUCUGGGUAACCUGUUCCAAUGCUUUACAACCCUCCUAGUGAGAACAUUGUUUCAAUAUCUAACCUAAACUUUUCUUGCAGCAACUCAAGACCAUUGCUCCUUGUUCUGUUAUCUGCCACCAGUGAGAACAGUCCAGCUCCAUCCCCCUUGUAACCACCCUUCAGGUAGUUGAAGGCUGCUAUUAAAUCCCCUCUCAGCCUUCAUUUCUCCAGGCUAAAUAAGCCCAGUGCCCUCAGCCUCUCCUCAUAAGGCAUGUGCUCCAGCCCCUAGCCAUUUUCAUUGCCCUUCACUGGCAAUAUUUCAAAACAGAGCACCCUUUCUUAUGGGUUCUUGGCUGCUUGUUGCUGUCAACUUCAGUCCUGGCAGAGCAGUGUGAAAUGGAGAUGAUAUAAAAAGGAAGGGAGAAGUAACUGCUAGGUUUAAGCAGCCUCAGGAAACAGUUUGCUCAUGUCAGAUUUACUGUCUCUCCUCAGUUGACUGAUAGGUUGAUACCAUCUGUCCUACAAGGGAAGUCUUCUACCUACCUUCAUGCUUGCCUGCAUUCUUGUAUAGAGUUACUGGGGCAAAGAGCAAGUGGGUCUGUGUGUGUAGAAAAAAUCUUGAGGGACUGGAAUGGAUCCUGCCUCCAAUCCUCACCAUUUAGACAUGUUUUAAGCAAGCCCCUUCUACAAUCAGAAUAUGCAAUUGUAAAGCAAACCAAAAGAAAAAAAUCAACAACUCCCUGGCAGUAGUUGCAGAUAGGUGGACAGAUAAACAAAGGGAAGGAAUCAUCACCUUUGUAAUAACUACCAUAGACAUCUUUUUGCAAGUUGUCAGUAGUGAAAUAUAUGAAGUACUAGAGAAAAUUAAAAGUGAAAAAGAAUUUGCUCCGGUGACAGACAGCCAAGUCCAGUAAUAUGAAAGAAGCAUGGGACAUUAUAAUGGGCAAAUAGCCUUUUGUAUUGUUGCAAUAGGAUGCACUUCCCAUAGCCCAAACUUAUUCCUUUAUGAUUUAAUUAAAUUAAAAAUACUUGGAAUGCUCUAUCCAAUAGCAAAAGUAAUAAUGGAAUUUAUUGAAAUGAUUCAUAUUUUAGCAGUCUUUAAGAAAAAGUAAGAAGAAAAGCAUGAUAAUAAUAACAUGGUAACAAGGAAUCAUGACACAGUUCGAACUAGAUGUUGGAAAAGUACUUUCAAAGUUUGCAGAAUUUCAGGUUGUUCUGAAAUGCAGUCUGGACUCUGCCAAGCAUAUUGCUCCAACAACCAGCAGCAAGGCUUUUGUAACAACACAGCCUCUGAUUCUUGUGUCUCAUUUGCUUCAGAUUUGUCUGUCUUCUGCAGCACACGAAAGAAAGGGCAUGAACAAAGAUACAGCUGUAGUGGCUUCCAGAGGGGCAGAAGAGCUGCUGUUACAUGGUAACUCAGGGGAAGGCAAAAUACAGUCUGCAGGCUGCAUCCAGCUCACCAACUGAUUGGAUGCAGCUCAUGGGCAGACACCCACUAAGGCUGGAGACAGCAUUCAAAAUGCCUGAGCCUGAAUUGAUUCAAUCUUUGCAGGUUAGUCUAACCUGGUUAGGCUAAAUCACUUUGUAAUUGUACAGACAUCCCAGAAAUGCAGGCACAUGCCUGAAGUGGCUCUGGCUAGAAGCUGGGCGGUGCUAGAGCAGCCCUCCCUUCCCUUCCACAGCAUGGAGUUGAGGCGGGGGGAUAUGGCCUGGCCCCUGCAAGAUGCUCUGUUAGCCCAGCAGGGAAUUGAUAGUGUUUAUCACCCCCUACUCACUGUUUAUCCCCCCAUUAAGAAAACAACAGAGGGACAUUACCGGCUACCUGUUGAUUCUACCUGUUGAUUCAGCACAGACUGUAGCCACUAGCCAGCAUAUGGUUUGCUAGCUAAUACACAGACACCUCUCCACAAGGCAGAGGGGAGGGGGGAAUUCCUGCUUAGCAGGGACUGGUGAGGGGGACAGGGGUGAGCAGUCUGCAGUCCCUGCCAGAGCUGCAGCCAGGGAGCAGAGGGGAGGGGCCAGCCCUGCUGUGGAGCAGAGAGGCCUUCCCAGCCCAGAGAACAUGCCAGGAUGCUGAGGGUGUCUGGUUUAUCUUAAACCAGCAAGGGGCCUGGGACAGACAUUGCAUAAACCAGUUUGAGCCAAAUCAGUUAAGUCUGAUGCUACGUUCAACCAGGUUUAUCUCAAACCAGUUUCAGCCAUUUUCAAACUGGUUAAUGUGCACUGAACAUCUGUUCUGUUACAAGUUUAAAACAGUUUCUGAUCACCUAAAUUGGUUUAUGUGUAAUUUCUGUCCCUAGCCUAAUUGAUUGGAUCUGGCUUGUGGAUGCCCCCUCCUCCCACCCACUCCCACCACAGCCCUAGCCAGCGUGCACAGCUUCCCAGCGACACUGCUCUCAGUGUGUCUGCAGCUACCCUGGUACUCUUCAACUCCCCCAGCCUCCAGCAGCUCCUUCUCCUGUGCUGCUACACUGCUCUGGCCAGGCAGGGGGGAAGCUGCAGCCAGGCAUCUCUUGCCCCAGCACAUGGGGCUCCAGCUCCUGGCCACCUUCCACCCACUUGGCCACUCACACGUGGCUGCUUAUUGCACUGGGUGGGCUGAGUGGGUGGAAAGCAGCUGGAAGUUGGAGUCCUGUGUGUUGGGGCAGAAGUCACUCACCUGCAGCUUCCUCCCUGUCCAGAGUGGCAUAGCAGGGGCAGGAGAAGGAACCUCUGGAGGCAGGGGGAGCCAAGCAGUACUUGUGCGGCUGUGGCAGCAGCUCUGUCAGGAAGCUGUGCAUGCUGUCUGAGCCAGGGUGCUACUGUCUGGUUAGUACAGGUGGGAGCAGGGCACAGGCUACCCUAGGUGGAGUUCGACCCCAUAUGGAGUGCUGCAUGGGCAGCUGCAGGUCGGAAGGGGGGGGAGGGCAGGCAAGUAGACUGCACCUGCACCAUAUCACCCAGGUGAGCUCUGCUGCAUGUGACCCCUGCCCUCCCCUUCCUCCACCUCUGCUGGCUCCAGGGACCUAGGGCAGGAAUAGCACCCUCCCACACACAUAUCCCCACUCCCCUCCAUACCCACCCCCAUACAAAAUACAAGAAUAAGACUUUAUUUUGAGCUAUUAUGCAAUUCCCUCUAUGUACACUACUAAAAACAUAAAUCAGGACAAGAAUAUUUUAAAAACAAAAUUAAAAUAUAGUAGAUGUUUGAUUUUUAGUAUAUGAUUUUUUAUCUAUAAUUUGUUAAAAUGAUAACUUCUGAAAGUUUUUGUACAGCUCACCAAAACUCUUUAAGUGGCCCUCCACCCCUGUGUAAUUGUUACAUAUGCAUGAUCCUAUAGUAGUACUAGUAAGCUAAAUUGCCCUAAUUUUGAUUCUGAAUGAAGUAGGGUUAAAGUUGGAGUGACUUUUAUAUACUUGUACUAUGAUAGGCUCAAGUGAAGGGAACAGCCGUGGUGUAACAGCUGCCGCAUGUUUUUGAGCAGCUGCUCUUUCUCCCCUUUUGAAGCUACUACAAAUGUACAGUUGUCCAUACCCAAAGUGGUCAGUGUUUGGAAAUAUGCAUGAAAAAAUCAGGAAACAAGCUAACAAGUUGAGAAUCUUGGUUCAGUUAAUCAAGUCUUCAAAUUAAUGAAGUUCAUGAAGAUCACAGUGAAAGUUCAGAAUGAGAAGUUGUGGAUCUUCUUAGAUUCUGAUUAGAAAAGCCACAAGGAAAAUGUGAGCUGUGCCAACAUUUCCAUGAUUAUAUUAGUAACUGAACUGUUAUAUUUGUUUAUAGGAUUGCUACUUUUGCCUACAAAUGACACAUUCUCUACAUGGUGAUAAUAUACUAUUAAAGAGUUUGGUUUUUACUAUAAAGUUUGAAAAGGCAUGCAGAUUUACUGUUUGUCCUUAAUGUUGUGCUGUCUUAACUUUAUUAAAAUGAUAAAUACAAGCCUA